CUCAGCAUUCAUCAAAUUCAAAUAUAUAUAAAAAAAAAAAAUUACAUACUACAUGUUUUUUUCAGUGUUGUUAUUGUAUUAUGUCCUAGUUAUUAUAAAUAUAAAUACAUUACACAUUUUCUCUCUGCUUUUUCUUCCCAUUUGUUUUGCACUCUACUCUUUUCGUUCUUUGCUACCAUGAGCAGCAAAGGUGGAGGCGGCAGCGGAGGUGGCGCUGACGGGUCAGGGGCUACGAUCCUGUACAAUGCAAAGAAAACAAUCCAAAGCAUAAGGGAGAUCACGGGGAAACAACAAAGCGAUGAAGAAAUCUAUACAGUCCUCAAGGAGUGCUCUAUGGAUCCUAAUGAAACUGCCCAAAAGCUUCUUUAUCUGGAUACGUUUCAUGAGGUGAAAAGAAAACGCAAUAGGAAAAAGGAGACAGAUGGUGCACGUGGACGAGGGGGCUGGGGCAGUCGAGGGAACUAUUACACAUCAUCUCGAAAAGAUGCUGGAGGUGGAAGGAAUGCAUCUGCUCGAAGGGAGAAUGGAGUUAAUCAUACCUCAGAUAGAGGUUCUAUGCCUUUGCCAGUAUCUCAGAAAGUGAAAAAUAAUGCAGCAUCUCACACGAUAAAAACACCAACUUCUAUACCAAAUGGCACUACGACUUUACCAAAUGGGAGCUCCUGUCAUGGAUGUGGACCCCAAUUGUCUGUUGACGGUGUUAAUAGUGAAACUAAAGAUAUCUUAUCUGCAAUCAAGUCAACAACUUUUUCAGGGCAACCAGCUGUUAUAGAACCACCUGCCCCCAUUCCUGCUCGGUCCUUUGCCUCUCUGAUCAGAGGUCAAGAGAGGUCCACAUCAAAUUCUAAUGCCUCAUCAACUUCUGCCACUUCUUCAUCGGUGGCUGGUGUCUAUUCAUCUGCUUCAGAUACUGUGUUGGUGCCAACUGUGUUGCGGCAUGCUGGUGCUCUGGGUACAAUAAAACAUGGAAUUGGAUGCCAACGGGAAGCUGCUGAAAUAAAUCAUACUCGAGUAUACAAACAUGUUCCCCUUCAUAUUGAUGUAUCUGAGACUGAGAAAACAGUCUCUGAGGUUCCAAGCUCAAUGCAUGGAAAUAAGGCCCCCAGCAAAUCAAAGGUUGCCGAACAGGUUAAGCAGUCCAAGCCUAUAGAGCCUGCCAUGCUACAAGUGGUCACAUCUGAGGUUGCAGCUGUCACUGUUAAAGCCAAUUCCCAAUUGCUUGCUGAUUCAAAUGUUCCCAAUGGUCAACAUGUUAAUUUUCCUACCCACUUCCAAGUCUCUGAAGUGUUGAACAAUGGCUUAACUUUUGGAAGCUUUGAUGCUAGUUUUGGACAGGGAACGGAUCACGACAAUGUCACUAUUGUGGAGAUUAACUCUGCUUGCCCUAUUGAAACUUCUCAGGGUAGUGAUGAUGCUGCUGGAGAGCCAUCUUCUAGAAGCCAAGGUAUAUUAUCAGCCGUGGAAGGGGAUAAUGCUGGUCAACUACAAUCUCUUCCUGAGCUUGAGAAAGUGCCAGAAUCAGAUGGUGAUAUUUCACCUGAUGCAGACUUGAAAAUUGAUCAGUCAAAUCAAGAAAUGCAUUUACACCCAGAAGGUAAUCAGAGUGUCAUUUCAAAUGUCCCAAGCUAUGGGUUUGGUUUCAUUCCAGCAUCAGCAAGCUACCUUGCACAGUUUGAUGGACCUGAGGCUCGGACACAUGAUGUUUCUCGCCUUACAAACUUUGCUACUGGGAAUUCUCCAGCUCCAUCUGGCAGUUCAAAACCCCCUGUUCAGAGCUCUGUUGCUGCAGCCCCACAAGCAGUUCACCUUUUCCGGCAGCCAUUUCCACCUAAUUACUUUCCUUAUCCCCAAUAUCUUCCACCUUUUUAUAUGCAUGCAAUGCAUCAAUUUUUAAGCCCGACUGCACUGCCUGAGCAAUCUUCAACUGGCAACGUAUACAUGCCACCUGGAGCAGCUGCACCUGGGGUCAAAUUCCCUCUUCCACAGUUCAAGCCAGCGACUAAUGCAGGAAAUCCUUCUCACCUAGCAAUUCCAUCUGGCUAUGGUACAUUAGCAUCUCCACCUGUUGGUGUUAAUUUAUCUGUUCCAUCUGUGACCUCUGGAAGCUCUGCUAGUAAGGAGGAUCUUGCAGCAUCGCAGUCGAAGGAAAAUCGUAUAUACACAACUGUGUCACUGAAUGAAGGUUCAGCUCUCUGGAUGCAUGCACCAGGGCAAGAUUUAUCCAACUUGCAGGUUAAUUCUUUGUACAACCUCUCUCUUCAUGGCCAACAGGUUCCUUUCUCUCCUGUUCAGGCUGGUCAUGGUUCCUUUGCUGGACUUUAUCAGCCACCACAAACAAUGGCUGCUCCUUCCAAUGUUAAUACCCUGCUACAACACUCUCAAGCCAUGGCUGCUGCUGUCGAAACUGUGGCUCCCCUAACUAGUGCUUAUCAACGGCCUCAGCUUGCACAGAUAAAUUGGAACACUAAUUACUGAACUGUUAAAAUCGCAUCACGAUGCAACAUAGAACGACAUGGAGGAACUUUUCGGGAGGGCAAAACUCUGGCCUGCUUCUUGUGUGUAAAUAUUAAAGGCAGAUCACAUAUACAAGGGUAAUGUCUGGUGAGGAAAUAUGUUGCUUACUUCUUUUACCUUUUUACUUGCCAUCUUUUUCCCCCGUUUCUUUGGGUGUUGUCCUUGGUAGCAUACUUUUCCACUUUUACAAUUGGAACUAAUUAUUCGCAUAAGAUACUCUAUAGGAACUGAAGAGGUCAAUAGAUUUGGUGGGAUUUUGCCGAUUUUUCCUUUCUAAUGUCUCACCUGUAAAUUAGAUUUUGAACAGGGAGGAAAGAUGAUACAAGCUGUAACUGGAAUAUGAGAAGGUUCUUCUAGUUUCUUUAAUUGGCUCAUGGUCAUAUUUGAGUGAAAAGCUACAUGGUUAUUAUCAGGUUCUACUCAUUUGUUCUACCUCCAUUUCCUCCUUACACUUGAUUAUCUUAUGCACUAAAUGAUUGGUUCUUGUGUUAAGUGAGAUAUAUGGUUUACUCGUCAACAAGUUUCAAGAGUUUGGGAUUGUCAGGUGAUAUUUAUAUAAGGUAAACCCCAUAUACGCUUCUUGUGGUUUGUGACAUUCACUUACACGUCUGUGAAAUUUUUUUUUUUUCACUUAUAACUUUAUGGUUCAUUUCCGAUACUAGGAGGGGCAAUGGCGUCGAAAAUAAGGGUGAGGGUAAUUUUAUAAUUUCAUUAAAAUUUAGUUGAUUUUUGAUGCUGUUAUAAUAGGAGUGAACUAUAAGAGGGAAAAUUUUUUCAUACGAGGAGUAGAGUGAGAAAGUUGUGAACCACGGGAGAUGAAUGGAUUGGGUAGAAUGGAUUAUAAAAAUGCUCAUUUAUCCAAAAAACAAGAGUCUUGGGCUCAAUCUAACCUAUCUUAUCUCCCAUCUGGAAGGAUUUACCUAACCACACAAAUGAAGCAACUCAAAUAUUUCGUGGGAAAUUCAUAUUUAUAAGCACUGAAAAAAACAAAUCAAUGAAUCAUACAUACGACAAUAUUCAUUUCAUGGGAAAAUAAUUCUAAACUUUUGUCAGUCUAAGC